GAGCCACAUUUCACUCUCGUUCCUGGAUGAGUGACAGUCGCGAGCGUUAAAAGCCAUCGUUUUUUUGUUUGUUUUUUCGACCCAAUUAUUGAAAUUCGUAGAUUUUUUUGUUUGCAAGUGUGCAUAUCGAGGUGGCGGAUGCGGCUUUAGACUCGGGAGACGUGCGAGUGAACCGGCGCGGGGACAGCAUGGUCUCCCCGAGUCUCUGCCGCUCUCCGUGAACCAUGGCCGACCUGGAUAAAGCGCUGCAGGAUCUCCGGCUCUUUGUUCAGUCAGGGUCUGCAGCAUCAGGGCAAACUGGGAGGACAACCAUAAUUCAGACUUCAGAAGCGGAUCCAUCGGCACGCAUGAUCAGCCAAAAAUCCAACAAGAAGAUUUCAUUUGAAGGCCUGAGCGUGUCUGGAUCAGGGGCUCAGGUGACGGCUGGGGGGGCAGGGGGCUCGCAGCACACCGACCUUCUCAUCCUGGAGGAGGGCGACCUGGCUGCGUCCGGCUCUGCCGGGCUCUCUCAGUCGUCUUCUGCGUGGAGCAGCGGCGGCGGCGGCGGCGGCGGGGUGCUGCUGAGCUUUGGCUCGGUUGGUGCGGGGGACGGGGGUGGCCUCGCCGAACGCGCGAUCUACGAAGAAGUCCGCUACGGCGGCGCCGACGGGGAAGCCCAGAGCUUCACGACGGCGGGCGGACAGGUGGAGACCGCCUGGUCCUCUUCGGCGGCGCGUGGGGGAGGUUUCGUCUCGUCGGGAGCAGCGGCAGGUGGCGAGGUGCUGGCGAGGGACCGGCUGGAUCUGUCUUCGGGGUCUUCGGGUCGCACGUUCGUCGGCGAGGUGAGAGGCGGUGAGUCCGGCUCUUUCUCCUACGCUCGCUCAACGUCCGACGCGCAGCUCAUUGGGGGUGGAGGCACCAAGGUCGUUCAUUCUACCACGACGAGCGGCGGAGGUGGUGGAAGCGGUGGCGGUGGUGGUGGUGGUGGGGCCGUGGGCCACAGUGUCAUCCAGACCACGACCAAACGAAUCGAGCACGGCCCCGUUGUGGGCGCGACCUUCAGCACCGGCAGCCGAGGAGGAGGUGGCGAGGUGACUCAUCAGUCAUCUCUGGUGUCCGGUCCGAGUCGUGGUCAGUCGGGGACUCAGGUCACCAGCCGCGCCGUGGAGAAGACAGUGUCACCCAGUGGGAUGCCCGCCUUGCCGCCCAAGUCCGGCACGACCGUGACCACCACCGUUCACUCCGCCCGCAAGUCCACGGGCGUGACCCCUGCCACGCCGCCCAGCCCGGGUGGCGCCGCUCGCUCGGCCACGAUGAGCUCCACGCAGUUCGGGACCCGGGGCCGCUCCCCCCUCUCCAGCCUGGAGCGACGCAGCGCCAAGCCCACGGUCAACUUGAGCUACGACAUAGGAAGCUCGAGUGACAAUUCCUCCCCCGAAGUCACCCGCAAGGAAAUCAAUGUUACACGAGGUAGAAGCCAAUCUCGAGAGAGCCAGAUCCGAGCUCGCCUGCAGAGCGCUUCUCCCGAUGGGCGAUGGGCCGACCUGAAUGACGUGAAGCGCCUCCUGCGCGGCACACGCUCUUCCAGCUCGAGCCCCCCGCGCGCGCUGCCCAUCCCCAAGAAGCCCCCCCUGCCCAGCAAGAGAGAGGAGCGCUCCGAUGAGGAGGCCCUCAUCAAAGUGGACGAGACCAUUUCAGUGUACGGGCAGUCCGGGACGGAGUCAUCGAAGGCAGGCGGUGGCAUGGACCCCAAGCUGUCGGCAUAUGCCAUGCACGCCAGCCUGCCCGGGGGAGCCCCGAUGAUGCCGCAGGCGUCAUCGGCGAUGGGAGGAGGAAUUGGAGGCGGAGGAAUUGGCAUUCGUGGGGGCAGCCAGGCCAUGCAAGGUGGCUACGGCAUGAUGGGAAUGCCCAUGGGGUCCGGGCAGCACCACGGCAUGGGUCCCAUGUACUCAGAUGCCAUGAUGCAGAAGCAGGCUGAGCAGCAGUUUAUAGUCAACGACCUCAAAGGGGGGCCCAUGUUUCAGCCGGAGUUCUUCCCUAAAAUGGAGUCGGAGAAGCAGUAUUUUGUCAACAACCUCAGAGCUGGACAACUGGAGGAAGAGAAGAGGCAGUUAAUGGCAGCGUCUGCGGCCAGGAAAGGGGACACCAUCGAGUCACGGGCCGAGACAGUCGUGAUGAGCAAGGCAGUCGGCGCCGAGAAGGCGGCGGUGAUGGAGGUACGCACGAAGGAGAACGGAGGGAAGGUGUGCGCCUGCUGCUCCUGGUGGAUGUUCAUCCUGGCGCUGCUGCUCGCCUGGCUCUUCCUGCUUGGGCUGCUCUUGGGGCUCCUCUCCCUCGCGAGCGAGGUGUCGUCGCUGAAGAACCGCGUCAUCGAUCUGGAGGGGCAGAAGACGUCGGACGGCGUGCGGCUGCGUCAGGUGGGCAACCAAGUGUUUCUGGAGGGGGCGCUCACCGACUCCGACCUGGGGGCCAGCGGUGGGAGAAGCGGCUCCUCGUUCGGGGCUGCCGGCGGCCGUGGCCGCUCCGGGGGGGGCAUCGCCGACCUCAACGAGGCCGGCCUGGAGAGCCUCAUCACCAGCAUCCUCGCCUCAGAGAUGCGGUCCGACAACGUCGUGGCCCGGUUCAGAGGUCAACAGGGAGACAAAGGAGACAUUGGACAGAAAGGCUCAAAGGGAGACUCAGGCGAUCGAGGUACAGAGGGCACGGUCGGCUUCCCUGGCAUCAGAGGGGAUCCCGGAGUGCAGGGAGAAGUCGGUCUGCCAGGCCCCAAGGGUCAGCCUGGUUUCCAAGGAAUGGCUGGACCACCCGGGCCAGAGGGACCGAAGGGAAUUAAAGGAAGCCAAGGGGAGCCAGGCACCGAGGGGCCUGCUGGGCCGAGGGGCAGGGAGGGCCUGCCCGGCCCACGCGGAGAAACAGGGCCUCCCGGGGCCGGAGAGAAGGGAGAACGAGGCGGCCUUGGAGAAUCAGGUCUCCCUGGGUCCCCUGGUCUGCCUGGUUCUAUUGGUCCUAAAGGUUUGCAAGGCAUACAGGGGCCACCUGGAUUCCAAGGCAGUCCCGGCACUGCUGGUUCCAAGGGUGAGGCGGGAACCCCUGGCGCGAAAGGUGAUAAGGGCAUUGACGGUGCUCCUGGAGCUAAAGGCGAGGCUGGUGAACGAGGACAGAGAGGCGCUGCCGGCGAAGUCGGGGCUCGAGGUCCUGCCGGGAGCCCUGGGGAGCCCGGAGUCAAGGGCGUGCCAGGUGACGGUGGUGCUGAGGGGCGGCCAGGAUCCAGAGGCGAGCCAGGGCUUGUUGGACUUCCUGGGCCGAGGGGACCUCAAGGAAACCAGGGAGAUCAAGGCGCUCAAGGCCCACAAGGACCACCUGGACAAGCAGGUACUCCUGGAGAGCCAGGGAAAUCAGGAAUCCCUGGAGAACCAGGCUCUAAAGGAGAAACUGGCUCUCCUGGAAAGAUUUUGAAUUUCGACGGCUCGCAGACCUUUGCUGUCCCCGGCCCCCCUGGUGCCCCUGGCCCCCCUGGCCAGCCCGGAGUUCAGGGAGUCCCAGGCAUUUUGGGACCUUCAGGAAGUGCAGGCAUCCCAGGAGAGAAGGGAGAGAGAGGAGACCGAGGACCCAAGGGAGACCAGGGAGAGCCAGGGGACAGGGGCCCGCCUGGACGAGCCAGACCGACCGAUGAGGUGCAAGGCAUCCCGGGACCCCCGGGACUUCCCGGACCCCCUGGCCCUGCUGGGCCUCAAGGCAGAGAUGGGUUAUCGGGCUCAGGAUCAGAUGUUCAGGGGCCACGCGGAUCACCAGGCCCUCCGGGCCCCCCAGGUCCUCCAGGUGCGGGCUCAGUUGGCCCUCCCGGAUUGAUAGGACCACCUGGACCCAAGGGCGACUACGUCACUGGACCACCAGGGCCGAUGGGGCCUCCAGGAAAUGACGGGAAACCUGGGGAGCAGGGGCUGCCCGGUCUCCCAGGUUCAGUCGGCAAUCCUGGUAACGUGGGUCAAGGGCCACCAGGAGAGCCCGGUCCACCCGGAAUCCCAGGCUUUGCUGGACCACCAGGACUGGAUGGGCCAUUGGGUCCACCUGGGCCAAAAGGAGAUAUUGGCGACACUGGAUAUCCAGGCCAGCCAGGAGAACCAAGCCGAGAGCCAGGCCCACCUGGGUCUCCUGGUCAGCCAGGCUACCCAGGAGAUCCCGGCCCACCCGGGGAAUACGGCGCCACUGGCCAACCUGGCGAACCCGGCCCUAUGGGCCCACCUGGAAGCCCUGGAACACCGGGCGAGAAAGGCGAAGGCGGAGAACCCGGCGUGCCCGGAGCUCCAGGAAUCCCAGGGCGGGCUGGUGCUCAGAAUGGACCAGGGCGUGGUGGCGGUGUUGUGGGAAUUCCUGGGCCACCAGGACCUCCUGGCGCACCGGGACCAGCAGGAGGGCCUCCAGGACCAUUGGGUGCUCCAGGGCUCCCUGGCCCUGCAGGGUCUCCAGGUGUACCUGGUUCCACCCUCCCUAUCGGAGCCUUUGCGAGGUUUGUAGGGCCACCUGGGCCACCUGGGCCACCUGGGCCACCUGGGGAGAGAUCAGAAGAUGGCGGUUUUGGCUUGAAGGGACAGAAAGGGGAGCCGGGCAUUCCAGGUGCAGCAGGAGUUCCCGGGGCAACUGGUCAAGAGGGACCUGCAGGACCCAAAGGAGACAGAGGUGACUCUCCAUACAGACGGAAGAGAAGCAUCGCGCUAUAACACAAUUUACUAACAUAAUUCAAGACGUGUACAUACAUCGUAGUUAAGGGACUUUUUUCUUCCUUUUGUACAUGCAUGCCUGUAAACAUGUGAAUGCCCAAGUCAAAUAAGGAGGGUGUAUUGUUACGCAUUAAUGCUUACAUUGCAAUUACAUAUAAAAAAAUGUUUGAACCAAUUAGAAUAGCAUUUUGUUGAAACCAAUCCAAUAUAAUUGUCAUAUCACUCCAGCCUUAAAAAACAUACAAAUGAGCCCCAGCCACUCCUAACAUGUGCAUAUUUUAUUCCAAGUCCCUCUUCCGAACACUCUUAAUCAUUUUUUUUAAUGUGGCCUUCCGUUUCUCCCUCUGGUUUACUACGAACAUAACCUUGCCAUUGUUUGACAGUGUGAUAAACUUAUAACACUAGGUACAUUAAAGUAACACUUUUAAAACAAUCAGGAUAAAUUGAUCAAAUCAGUGGAAUAUUACUAAAGUCAGGGAUGCAAACCCUCGAGUUGUAUCCGCUUGUGGCGAGAACCGUGUAUUGUGGUACAAUAGUUAGCGCGCUGCCCUCGAUGAACCCAAGGAGCAGUUAGAUUCCUGGCCACACCUAACACGUGACAUCAAAAGUCCUGCCCUUGCCUUUACAAACCCACACUGACCAGCUUGAAGUGUGGUUAAACAAAACAAAAAACACCCAUUGACCAACACGGCUUGAAGUUGGCCAUCAACCAUUGGUGGAUGUAGAGGGGCUGUAUUUUAUUCAUUAUAACUGCUUCCAAUGAGAUCAGCAUCCAGCAAGGAGUCAGGACAAUGAGGCUGGGAGUUUGAGGGCAACAUCACUGAUGAAACAUGGAGUUGGAUUGAAACGUUUGUAAUUGUACUGCAAAAUAUUACCUAUCUUAAUUCAGAGAAAAUUAAGCCAACUUUUUGUUAUAGUAAACACACAAAAGAGGUAGAAUACAUCACUACAAACAUUGCAUUUUAUUGACUGCAAAUGAGAAGUCAAACAUACAGGUUAGACUACUGUAAAGUGUUCUCUUCGGUAUUGUGGCUUCAAAGUGUGGCUGUAGGAUUUUGACAACAGCUUUCCAUUUCCCUGACAACAGUUACGCACUCAAAUUAUUCACUUGCCAUGCUCAGAUACCUCAAGUGGGGCUUUAAUAAGACAUGUUAUCCUUUCAACCUCAUCUUUAAGGCCUUAACAUUAAAUUAAAUUGCAUUGAGGUCAUGAGGUCCUAUUAAAGAGGCACUUCCAAGCAAUGAAUAUUGUGAACCAAACUCUAAGAUUGUUCACAAGUAGGGAACAUGAAGUGUCUAUUUGAAUGCCUUGAGUUGAGAAACUUCUACCUUUGCUUUCAACUUCAUGCUUGAUGGCCAAAAAAAGCAUUAUGGACGAAGCAUCUGUCCAAACACAGCCCAUCCUAAGCUUAACUGCGUUCAGCAUGACACUGUUAUCGACAAGAUAUUCCGUGCACGUGCAUAAAGAAAAACGGGACUAGGCACACAACCCAUUCAAGUACUCGAGAAAAUAACAGUAGCAAAAUGGGCAGUUUUUAGAGAAUUAAAGGUGUCAACUGUCCACAACCAUUUACAGUAGUAUAACGCAGCUUGUUUUCCUUCGAAUACAAGGGCGCCUAUUUUCCAACUUUUAAAUCACGUCACAACAUGAGAUGGGAGGGUGGAGGGGUAUUAACAGCUUUCCUACUGCCGCAUGCUACACUCCUACACAUACCAGCGGCUUCAGAGCACAUUUUUAUCAGGCUGCCUUCACUCUGAAUGAGUCUUUAAAAGGGCACGGUAAAAUAACAAUCUGAACUGUACGUGAAAAAAUACUGUUUAAUGUCAACUUUGUCACUCGAUACGUUUUACGGCACCCUUUUAAAUAAAACUUUCAAAAAUAUUAUCCGGACACGAUCUUUGUCCUCCAGAAGCAG